CUCUGUGGUUCUCUGCCUACUUGCUUGCAAAUGGCCGCUCUCCUCCGACAGUCGAGGGCCAUUUGCCAGUGCCAACGAGCCUUCUCGACAUCGAUACGACGCCCUGUCAGCCUGCAGUGGGACAAAAACGAUUCCGAAGCCCUCGCCGAAGCGCUGCCCCCAUACCCCUAUGGUCCCGCACGCUGGUACAAGCAAUCCGACCGCGGACUGUAUGGUGGUCAACGAAAACAGUUUGGCAAUAAUGUCAGCGGUGAUUUUGAAGUGAAGACGCGCCGCACAUGGAAGCCGAAUAUCUUCACCCGCAAGCUGUUUAGUAGGGCAUUAGACCGACACGUGCAAGUCCGCGUCAGCGCCCGCGUGUUGCGCACCAUUGACAAGCUCGGCGGACUGGACGAGUAUCUGCUAGGCGAGAAAGAGGCCAGGAUCAAGCAGCUAGGUCUGUCGGGCUGGUGGUUGCGCUGGGCAAUUAUGCAGACGCCGCAAGUGAAAAACCGUUUCGCCGCAGAGAGAGCAGCGCUGGGUUUGCCGGCAGAAGUAGAUGAGGAAUCGUCUUCGGAAGAAGGUUUAUCUGCAUCUGUCGAAGAGGGCGAAGUCAAUGAAGAGGAGGUGGUCGCACAAGAUGGUGCUUUCCAGGUCGAGUUCAAUCCAGAUCUGCCACCCAUCAAGUUCCGCGUGGGGCCACGAAAGCACGUUAUGUUGACAGCGCACGGCUGGGUAAGAACCAGACCUGAUCCUCAGCGAUGGAUCAACAAGACCAAGGAGAAGAUUACAGAAGGCAAUUUCCCGGUGUGGCUGGAGAAGAGGACAGCGAUGCUCGAAACGGAACUGCUACAGCAUCAAGCAAAGGAAAAAAUCUCUCCGAAAGAGGCCAAGGAUGUUUUGAGAGCUGCGCGGAAGGAGCUGCGAGCUGAAUUGCAGGCCAAAGUGGACAGGCUAUAUCAGCGCCAAGAGAACCAAAAGAAACUCAAGUUACUUGCUAGGAAGAAGGAAAAGAAGGAACGCGCCAGGGAAGAGACUGAGUCGUCCGAGACGCUGGCUACAUGAGUAUGAGCUACAGUCAUGGACUCCCAACAUAUCCCGAGUGAGGCAGAUACUUGUUCACUCAUAUCAGCUCUCGGGCAUGUAUGAAUAAUGCGCACCGUAUGUGGGCCGAAAGCGGCAUUUGCACAUUACAUUCUCACGGGUGUGAAAACCAUGUAGGCGCAGCAUGCCGAGAAAUGUUUCAUUUUGAAGAUUACAUCUCAUCAUGCUGGACAACUUCAUACUCGGCCUUCCUUAACCGAAUGACGAACAGCAAUCAAGCAUGGAAUAAGGUACUUAAUCACCGAGAAAAGCUCAUGAAAUGGAGACUAUGUUUAGACGAG